AUGGGGCUUGAACGUGAAGUUGUCGCAGACCUUGACUCUGAUGCGCCUGUUGCCACGCACCCGACGCUCAACACUGUCGACUUUGGCCUACAGAUCGGUGUCGAGGAGAUACUCACUGAUGUUGACCCGGACAUUUCGCUCGAGUUCUUGAAAAAGGCUGAGGCUCAUGCGGGCAAGCCGCCGCCUACGCGCGUGCCACGGAAGACGCUUGUGAGCACACACAACAGCUAUGUAGAGCAGCAACAAAACGCUGGACAGCAGAACGCCCCGCGAAUGGUGAAGAAGGUUGUCUUGGCACUCUCUUAUCCGCCGUCAGUAAAGUCAGUCUCGGAUCUAUCGCCUGUAAGCCUUACUUCCAUACUCAUAGCACCUUCGAACCAUGCUGAUGCGCUUCAGAUGCGACUGGACGAGCUUCUAGUUGAAAACCACCAUGAGGACAAGUGCGUUAUCCUCAGAACAAUUACACCACCGUACAAAGGGGCCGGCACCAUUACGAUUGUUGAAGAUGAGUUCGGCAACACCGACAAGUUGGCACUGUACAAUCAGGGGAACUCGACCAUCUUACAGGCUGUUCCGGAAGGCUCUGUAAUUCUUCUCAAAGAGCCGUAUUACCGAUUCAGCGGAGAUGACGACUUCAUGCUUUGCGUCGAUCACCCCUCAGAUGCAGUGCUGCUGCGACACGGUCCUGAUGAUUCGCUUAUCCCAGAUAGCUUCAAGCAAGCCCCUAGAUCUCACGCCGCCUCAGAAUGGAGAGAUGCGGGAGACCAGGCGUUCAUAUCAAAGGAUUUGCCACUAGCAGCAGCCAACAGGGCCUUGGAGUUUACACCGGAAGGUAACAAGGCCUUCCAAGCCGACUUACUAUUGAAGCUUGCCGGCAUUGAACUCGCCCUCAAUUGUUUUGACAGCGCACUCUCGGAUGCUCUCGCAUCAAGGGGCGGACCUAGCGACUGGAAAGCUUACUUCAUUGCCGCCAAAGCCUCGUAUGAGCUUACAGAGUUCCAGGUCAGCAAGGAAUACUUCGAGUCAGCACUAAAGAUGAAACCUGAAGCGACCAACAUUCUAAAGGAAUACGAGCGCUGCUUGGCUAGACUCAGAGAAGAAAAAGGCAAUUACGAUUUCGCUGCUAUGACGCUCGACGUGACCCCCAAGAACAUACACAUUGACAAAGCAAGCUUCCUCUCGAGAACCGAAGUCAGAGACUCGCCUCACCACGGCCGUGGUAUUUUUGCAACGGAGGACAUCAAGGCUGGCGAGAUGAUCUUCGCCGAAAAGGCAACCAGCGUGCCCAACGAGUUCAACCCGGAACACAACUCCGCUGCCGCCUACGCUCAACUUGUCGAGCUAUGUAAAGACAACCCGACGAUCCAUAGAAAGGUCCUUGACCUCUACGGAGGGACGUAUAAGCGAUCUGGCCAAGAGGGAACCAUUGUCGAUGGCAAACCUGUUGUCGACGUCUUUCUGCUCGAGUCCAUCCGCCGCAAGAACUGCUUCAGUGGCGCCCAUGUCUCAGCACAAGCCGCCAACCCGGAUUGGGACAUGUGGAAACAGGGUAUGUCGCGCGGGCUAUGGGUGUACUCUGCCUACGCCAACCACGCGUGUCUGCCCAACGCAAACAGAUCCUUCAUCGGAGACAUGCUCAUCGUCACGGCCACCGUGGACAUUCCCGCCGGCACGGAGAUUACGCACAUUUACCUUCCGCCCAAGGCUGCAUAUCUCCUCCGCAUGCCGCAGUUCCGACACAGCUGGGGAUUCAUGUGGCGAGGGGAAGUCUCCCCCGAGCAGCACAAGAAGCGUAAUGAGGCACUGGCUGAUAUCGAGGCCAUCAUCCGGAAGAAGCGGCCGACGCGCUUCUAUCCCGACGCGGCAAUCCGACAGAUCGAGAAGCUAACGAACAGGUUAUCGGCGCUGCACGAACCCGAGGUCUAUGAGGAUCUCAAGUUGCCGCGGCUGAUGCUUAUAUGGCCGACCAUGUGGCUCGUUGAAGCCUGGCACACGCGGAAGCAGUGGAACAAAGUCGUCAAGUGGGGAAACGAGGUCUUCCGCAACUUUGGCUUCGUUGAGCCCUUCAGGAAUGGGAGGCUGUGGAUGUACAAGGAUACGCAGGCGGUCACGACUUUCGAGGUCAUCAAGGCGCUGAAGCUCUCUGCCGAGGCGUACACCGCGCUCGGGAGCAAGGUGUUGGCUCGGGACUGUCUGGAUGCCGCUAGGAUUGGGCUAACGACCAUGGUUGGGUUUGUUACUGACGAGACAUUUGAGGCUUUCCGAUGA